AUGGGUGCAGAAUAAUCUGUGGCACAAGGAAUUGUUUAAUCAAAGAACUUUAAGAUAUUGGGUUAUAAGGAAAAUGAAAUUUAUGGAUCCUUCAAAUUAAUUGAAUCCUAAUCAAAAUAAUACGCAAUGAUUUCAAAGACUUGUUAGAGUUAUGAAGAGUACACCAGUUUAUGUAAGAUACUCAAUGAAACUAAAUCGCUGAAUGAAAUUGAUCAUUUAGUAAAGUUGGUAGAGGUUGACACCCAGGAGGAAACCAAUUUAUGUAGUACUUUUUAUAAAGUCACUGCCUUAUUUGAAUACUAUGAUAUUACUUUAAGACAGAUCUGCAAAUAGGCAUCAAUAAAUUGUUUAUUUGUUUUGAAGGGUCUGACAGAGACUUUGAGUAAGUUAUAUGGACACAACAUUGUCCAUGGAAAUUUGACACCAGAUCAUGUUUUAAUUGAAAGGAUAUAGGGUUAGAUAAAAUUGAACAAUUGCACUCAAUUAACUGGAUAUAAUCAUUACAAAAGAAUUUUGUCAGGUGAUAGUUUAUGGUAUUUAUCACCAGAAUUGCUUGCUGCUUUAGGAGCGAAGGAGCUCAGACCUUAAUAUAAUCACGAGAAGAAUGAAGUGUUCCAAUUAGGUUUGAUAGCUUUGGAGUUUUGGGGUUGUGGUAACAUUCAAGAGAUAUACGAUAAAUAGAAUUACAAAAUAAAUGAAGAUGUGAUAUAAUCAAUGAUAGAGGAUUUUGGAGUGAGAAAUGGAUAAGUGUUGAAGAAUGUCGUAAAGUAAAUGUUAGAGGCAGAUCCGAAUUGCAGACCAACUAUGACUGAAUUGAAUUAAUCAUUCAUUUAACUAUUUCAGAUUCAAUAAUAAGUUGAUGAACCAAAGGUUGAAUAAUAUGAAGAAUAGGAGAACUAAUAUGAAUAAACUACAAAUUUGCAGGAAAUAAACAAAGAAACAUAUAAAAUUUAAGAUGAAGUUUUACAGGUUCAUAAAGAAUCAUUCUAAUAUUUAGAAGGAGGGUAGAGUAAUACUCAAAAAAAUGAGAAUUCACCUCGAGAUUAAUUUGAGGAAUCACCUAAGAAGGUAGAAAAACAAAGCGGGGAAUUUAACAUUUAAUCUGUGAAGUCAUCAGUAAAUCAAUCUAUGAAAGAAUACUAUGUAACAGGAUCUAUAGCUGCUUAAUUUGGAUAAUUACACUUACUUGAGAAUAAUGAGGAGCAAAAGUGUGGUGGAAUUACUCAAUUAUAAGAGAAUGGAGAUGUGUUGUAAGAAAAGUCAUAAAACCAUCCCACUUCACCUAAAGGAUAGGAUUCUAUUAAACCAAAAAAGAGUGUGAAGGUUAACACUGCAUCGGCUAACAAGAAAGGAGUUUCAAUAAAGAGACCUAAACAUGAAAUAAUGGAUACUAAAUUACCUAAGUAGGCUGUAGUGGUAACCAAGAAAAGAUGA